AUGGCGGACAAUGCAAGUGAGAACAAGCCAUCUACCCAGGCAGAAAAUCCAGACGUGAAGGAGAAGACAGAGGCAAAAAAGGAAACGGAGGAAAAAGCAGAGGAUAACCCAGAAAAGAACAGCGACAGGAAGAGGGGGCACAAUAAUAAUAACAACAACCAAAACAAUAAUAACAGAGGAAGAAGGAACAAGAAAUCCAAAUACGACAAGAAAAAUCACACCUGGCGAGGAGACGGUGAUGGAGACCAGCGUGGCAAUCGCGACAAACAGAUUCAUGCUGGAUCUUAUGCUCAUCCAGCCAUGAGAAAAUUGUUCAACAUUACACUUCCACCACAUCUGUUGCCACCAGACAAACCACCAACAAGCGAAGACUAUGAAGCCGAAAAGAAACAGCAAGAACCCAAGAAUUUUAGCAAGAAAAAAGUGGCAUUCUUGCUGGCGUAUCUUGGAACUGGUUUUGCAGGCUUUCAAUCCAAUGAAGGACAACGGACUUUGCAGGCAGAUUUUGAGCUGGCAAUGAUGAGGAGUGAACUCAUCUCACCUCUCAACUUUGGGUAUUUCCACAAGUACUCUUGGUCGACAUCGGGAAGGACUGAUAAGGGAGUGCAUGCCUGUGCUCAGGUUUGUUCUGCCAAGAUUCAAUUGAAACCAGACCAAUCUUUGGAUGAUGUGAGGCAACUCAUCAAUUCACAUUUGCCAGACAAGUUUCGUGUCCUCGAUAUUGUCCGGUGUGGCAGAUCAUUUUGUGCCAAGACCGGACGCUCUCGGGUCCGAUAUCAAUACAUGAUUCCAGCCUUUUGCUUUUGGGAACGAAACGAAUUCAGAGACUUGAUGCUACAAGUGGCCCCCAAAAACAAAGCAGGAAGGGCUCCGGGGACCCCCUUGUCGGAAGAAGAGCGUCAACAAAUCAAGAAUCGAAUCAAGGACUAUAGGGUCACCCAGGAGCAACUCGAUUCCUUGCAGCAAGCUCUGGAAAAGUACCAAGGAACGCACUGCUUUCACAACUUUACCAAAGGCUUGACUUCCAAGGAUGCCAAUGCCAUGCGAUACAUUGUUUCGUUCAAAGUGGAAGAACCAAUGGUUUUUGAGAACGGAAUGCAAUGGGUACCAACACAGGUCAUUGGGCAAUCGUUUCUGCUGCACCAGAUCCGAAAGAUGAUCUCUGUGGCAUUGGACUCAGUGAGGCUCAACUUGCCCAAUCUCAUCCCACCUAUGCUGGACAAGAAGACCAGAGCAAUCUCGGAUUUGGCGCCUGCCCAAGGGUUGUUCUUGGAAAUGAGCUUUUACGAUAACUACAACAAGAAGAUUGAAAACCAACCGGACAUGGAAAAGCUGGAUUGGUCUGUCGAGGGCACGGUGCCUUACGAACGGUGGAAGGAGUUUCGCAAUCAAGUCCUGAUGGAGCAUGUUGUCAACGAAGAAAACAAGGAAGGGAACUUUAUUCAGUACCUUUACAACCAUGACCUUUACUUUGAGGUGGACGCCAGCUACAAACUGUCGCAUGACAGCAAGGCUGGCAAAUCUGACCCUGAGGAGUCCAAGUCCAAUAACAGUUAA